CCAAUUUCUCCUUAAAUUAAUAUCACUUGAUAAAAAUGCAUAGAAAAAAUAAGUAACGUACAGUAAUUAAGUUCAUUGAGGUCACACAUUAAAUGUUAAAUCAAAAUGAAUUUCAAGACAUUAUCAGAUGGGAUGAGGAUGGAGUAAAAAUUCAAAUUCUAGAUAGGGAACUAUUAUAAGAAUUAGUUCUACCUAAAUAUUUUAAACAUGCUAAAUACUCAAGUUUCUUAAGAUAACUCAACAUGUAUGGAUUUACGAGUAGCAAAGAUUAAUAUGGAGCCUUAACAUAUUAUAAUCCUUGUUUUGCUAAAUAAAAAGUAUUAAUGAGGAACAUUGUUAAAAAGAAACAUCAAAAAUAAAUUAUAAGAGAUUCUAGUAUUUUUGGCGCAGAAUAGUCUGAAUUAAAUAAUUAAAUUAAAGCCCUAUAAUUUGAAUAGGUAAAAAUUUAAUAGAACCUCCUGUCCUCAAUUGAAUAUUAAAUUAAAAUUAAAAAUAGUAUUUAACUAUUUCUAAAAAAUAAACUUUCUUUAGCAAGAGAAGGUGAAAAGAACUGUAGAUUAUUCAUUGAUAGCGUUCGCAUAUUAGUGAAAGGUAUGAAAUUUGAGUCAUAAAAUGCAUUUCAAGUCUUAUUCAAAUAAGUGUUCCCAUAAUUCAAGUAAGAAGAUCCAUAAUAGAUUUAAAUAAUAAGUGAGAUCGAAGAAUAAAGUAACCAAUAUUUAUUUUCCCCUACCCCUUUUGGAAAAUUUGAUUAUGAUUAAGAAGAAAUGUCUUUUCCUCAAAUGCCAUAAGAAUUGGAAUUUUCAGGUUUUGGAUUUGAACUUUGA